CAGCGGCUCUGAAGUUGUCGGGAAUGAUUUGUGUGCCGCAAUCCCUGGGUUUUAACAAAAGAGGAGCAAGAUUCCUCCUCGUCUUCAGCUGCCUGGUGCUGUCGGUCUUCUCCACCAUCCAGGAGCACCAGAAACUGGCCAACGAGUGCCUCUUCAUCCUGGAGUUCGUGAUGAUCGUGGUGUUCGGUAUGGAGUACAUCAUCCGCGUGUGGGCCGCCGGCUGCUGCUGCCGCUACCGCGGCUGGCGCGGCCGCUUUCGCUUCGCCAGGAAACCCUUCUGCGUGAUAGAUUUCAUCGUCUUCAUCGCCUCGGUGGCCGUCAUCGCCGCGGGCACGCAGGGCAACAUCUUCGCCACGUCGGCGCUGCGCAGCAUGCGCUUCCUGCAGAUCCUGCGCAUGGUGCGCAUGGACCGCCGCGGCGGCACCUGGAAACUCCUGGGCUCCGUGGUCUACGCCCACAGCAAGGAGCUCAUCACCGCCUGGUACAUCGGCUUCCUGGUGCUCAUCUUCGCCUCCUUCCUGGUUUACCUGGCCGAGAAGGACGCCAAUGUGCAGUUCGCCACCUACGCCGAUUCCCUCUGGUGGGGCACGGUGACCCUGACCACCAUCGGCUACGGGGACAAGGCACCGCAGACGUGGCUGGGCAGGAUGCUGGCAGCCGGAUUCGCCCUGCUCGGCAUCUCCUUCUUCGCCCUGCCCGCGGGGAUCCUGGGCUCCGGCUUCGCCCUCAAAGUGCAGGAGCAGCAUCGGCAGAAGCACUUUGAGAAGAGGCGGACUCCGGCGGCCAACCUGAUCCAGGCUGCCUGGCGCCUGUACUCCACGGAUGUCAGCCGCGUGUACCUGACGGCCACGUGGUGUUACUACGACAGCCUCCUGCCCGCCUUCAGAGAGCUGGUCCUUAUGUUUGAGCAUUUGUACCGGGUUUGCAACGGAGGAUUUAGGAAUUCAGAGGUGAAAAAACGGCCUGACAGAGCCCCACCGCCCUAUCACUCCUUCACCCCUGCCCAGAAAAGCUUCAGCCUGGCCAUGUGUUCAGGGGAAAGCAACAAGAUGGGCAUCAAGGAGCGGAUCCGGCUGAGCAGCUCCCAGCGCCAGGGCAGCCGCGGCCGGCAGCAGCACCUGGGGCCGCCCCUGCACCGCUCCCCCAGCACCGAGGAUGUCACCGAGGCCUCCAGCCCCACCAAGGUGCAGAAAAGCUGGAGCUUCAACGACCGCACCCGCUUCCGAGCAUCCCUGAGGCUGAAGCCGCGGACCCCGGCUGAGGCCGACUGCCCGCCGGAGGACAGUGGCGAGGAGAGGAGCUCCCCCUGUGACCUGACCUUUGAGGACAUCAUGCCGGCAGUGAAGACCCUCAUCCGGGCUGUCAGGAUCCUCAAGUUCCUGGUGGCCAAGAGGAAGUUCAAGGAGACCUUGCGUCCCUACGAUGUCAAGGAUGUCAUUGAGCAGUACUCGGCCGGACACCUGGACAUGCUGGGCAGGAUCAAAAGCCUGCAGACGCGCGUGGACCAGAUCGUGGGCAGGGAUCGGGCGCUCCCUGCGGAUAAGAAGGUUCGGGAGAAGGGGGAGAAGCCGGCGCUGGAGGGGGAGCUGGUGGACGAGCUCAGCAUGAUGGGGCGCGUGGUCAAAGUGGAGCGGCAGGUGCAAUCCAUCGAGCACAAGCUGGACCUGCUGCUUGGCCUCUACUCGCAGUGCCUCCGCAAGGGCUCCACCAACUCCUUCAGCCUGGCCGCAGUGCGGAUCCCGCCCGGAGAGCCCGACAUCACCUCUGACUACCACAGCCCCGUGGACCACGAGGACAUCUCUGUGUCUGCUCAGACCCUCAGCAUCUCCAGGUCGGCCAGCACCAACAUGGACUGAGCAGGAGGCAGCGGGAUGGACCCUGGGAUGGGGCACUGGGAGCGGCGUGGCCUCGUCCCCUCGCUGUCCCUCGCUGUCCCUCGCUGUGUUACUUGAACCAAGUCUUCCUUUGCGGGGACACGGCUGCAGCGGGGUGUCUGUGGCAUUGUGGCACGGCCCACGCUCCUGGGGUGCUCCUGGGAUGCUCCUGGGGUGUCCCUGGCGUGCCCCU